AUGACGGACGCAGCUGCAGCAACAAAUAUUGAUGCACACGGAGGCGAAGGAGACAAGUUCGGCAAAAUCACGAAAAAAUUUCUUCGUGAUUUAUGCAAGAAGCUCGAUUUAUAUUCAUCGCCGUACCUCAACGACGUGUUGUAUCUACAUUAUAAAGGGUUCAGCAAAAUUGAAAAUCUCGAAGAAUACACGGGUUUAAAGUGUUUGUGGUUAGAGUGCAACGGCAUACGUAAAAUAGAAAACCUGGAUAACCAGAAAGAACUCAGAUGUUUGUAUUUGCAUCAUAAUUUGAUUAAGAAGAUUGAAAAUUUGGAUGUUUUAUUUCAUUUAGAUACAUUAGUGUUGAGUCAUAAUUGUAUAUCAAAACUAGAGAAUUUAGAACACUUAACGUCUCUCAAUACUCUGAAUGUAAGCCACAACAAAUUGCAGACGAGUGAAGAUAUUGAAAUUUUAAGGAUGUGUAAGAAACUCUCCGUCCUGGAUAUUUCUUUUAAUCAAAUUGAUGAUAAGGAAGCUAUGAAUGUUUUUUAUGAAAUGGAAAAUUUGCGAGUAUUGACUUUGACCGGAAAUCCUGUGGUGAAGAUGAUAUCACCAUAUAGAAAGAUUGUAACUGUGAGCUGUAAAAAUUUGCAGUAUUUGGAUGACCGACCAAUUUUUGAAAAAGACCGGUUAUGCGCAGAAGCAUGGCAUAAACAAGGACCUGAAGCGGAAAGACGAGUUAGAGAGAAAUAUGAAGCAGAAGAAUACGAGAAAUUACGCCAGAGUACUUUGGGCUUAACCAGGCUGAGGGAAAGUCAGCUUCAGAAUUAUUCAGACGUAAAGGACGAAAUGAUAUCAGAUGGAUUCUUUGCGGGACAGUCGGAAGCCGUCAGUUGCGCCUCUGAAGACAACAAUAUGAAUUGUGUUGGUGACAGUGAUAGCCCAGACUCUGAGGCGGAAUUACAUGAUGCUAAAGACAAUACAGUUUUAAAUCAAGGCAUAUAUGACCAAGAAGAAAAAAGUUCACAGGCAAACACUCAUGAGGCAUCAGCGUUGAGCAAGGAAAUAAUCGAAACAAAAUGUACACAUCGUAGCGAAAAGGAAAUAAUAAAUACGGAAAGGCCUGAAAGUCCAGCAGUGCAUGUACCUCACCGUGAAAUGUUAGAAGUGGCAAAUGAGUGUUCUGUAAGUAUCACUAACGAGACUCUUACUUGUAAUGGUGAAGAUUUCGAGAUUAGAUCUUCGAGUGACACACUAAAAGUAUCAGAUGACGAUGAAUGUUAUAUGUCAGUGCGCGCCAACCGUCCGCUCAUUGUGGAGUUAACUGAAAGCAAGGGAGGAUCACAACCAGCCAGCGGCACUGUCGGAUACUUUAAUUAA